CAUGCCCUUUUGUAUAAAUCAAGGAAAUCCCCAAAUGUAAGUAGUCAUCACCAAAAUGCUUUCCUACAUCCCUCAAAUUCUCCACCCAUUUCCAGGGUUCAACUUACCCUUUGCAUGCCAUAAUAGUCACAGCCAUUUGGACAGGUACCAUGAUUUGGUGUAUGCUAGUGCUCCAGAGGUCAAACAAGUAGACACAAAAGAAGGAUGCCAAAUACAAAUCUCGAAGGACUCUGGCGACUUUGAAUCUUACAAAAUACGACUUGCUGAACAUGGUGAAGAAUUCCAAUUGAAGAUCUCGUCAGAGGUCGAUGAGUUCGAGCGUAUAUUCACUAUAGAUUCCAGCAUGGCUGACAUGGAACUGAUAACUUGGAAGUUGUAUCGCGAGGAGGGAUUAUUGGUUAUCAAUAUCCCAAAGCAUAAGAAGGGAAAACACACCUUGAGAGCUGCCCAUAAAGAAAGCAAGAAGCAAAGACGACUUGAAAGAGAGUUGAAACGCAGAAGAAAAGAACAGAAAAGAUUGCGUGCAGCAAAGAAAUUAGCCAAGAGACAAAGAAAGCAGGAGCAGGAGCAGGAGGAUUAUAAUGAUAAUUCUUCAAGUGGGGUAGAUGAAGCCCACUUAUUGCAGCAUCAGUUCGAAGAGAGUUCAGAGCCAGAAACAUCCGAGACCUCUGAAUACGAGACUCCUUCCACCGACUCCGAGUGCGAUUCGCACCCAGAAUCACACUCGAGCUCUCCAACAAAGCCAACCCUUGAAGAAAUCGAGGACGAAGAAUUUGUCAUGUAUCAUAGAAUGAUUAAUCACGAAUUAUGAAUUUCGCUGUCGACCUAAUUUAUGUCUUUAUGAACUAAUCAAACGCUUUAACGACAAAAAUUGUAGAAAAUAGAUUAUCAAUUAAAGCAUUCGUCGGAAUUAUAUGUGAAUAUUCUGACAAGAUACGCCGGACGGCUGCAUCAAUCACAGUCCACUGAUGCCAACGUUCGUGGAUCUCAGAUUAGUCAAGAACCCUUGCUGGUCAAGAUCACUAAUCACUUGCACGUGAUGCGAGAUGAUUGCUUGUCUGAGAUGCACCAGAUCUACAUUUAUGCUGUGAAAAAGAAUUUGCCACCGACGAAGAUAGUUGCAAGCAGUCUUCAAAGAUGGCUCCGUCUCAGCAUGACAACUCAGUUAGAUCGGAUGACUCCGAUUCAUUUCAAGACGGUGGAGGCGGAUUUUUAGUGAAUGAUCCUGACCAUAAACC